GCCCAUCUGCUGGGAUCAGUCAGGGUUUGCACGUCAGAGCGGGAGCACGUUUCUUAAGCCACUGAGUGAUCUCCCAUGUGGUGUCUGUGGUGUUACAUGAAGUGUUGGUAGUGGCGGCGAGAGGAAAGAUGGUGUCGAGCGUGUGUCGCGGGUCAUACCCUAGCAUGACUCCACAUGCAUCUCCCUCGCGGAAACCGCACAUUGACCCCCAAAAGGAUUACUUUUCGCCGCUGCAGGUGGAGACGUCGGUUGAGUACGACCUUCCAGCUCACAUCUAUCCUCCGAAGGGCUCGCAGCCUAUCCUCAUGAUCCACCCGGGUUACGUAUCGGCCGUGAGGGCCAGGUCCAGGGCCGUGGUCACCCCAUCGCCCACGGCCAUGGUGGCCACCUCGGGGGCGACGCGCCCUCUGGCACCGCUGCAGCUGCCACACCCGCAGCAGCACCAGCAGGUGGUGGGUGCCAGGCCCUCGCGAGCCGCUCAGCCGCGCCCCUUGUGCAUGUGUGGCAAUGUUAACUGCAAUAGUGUCAAAUCAGUCAAUGUACAAAGUGUUAGAAACGUGCAAAAUAUACAGAGCCAGAGUGCAGCGAGAAGUGCUCAGAGCCAAAGUGCAGGAAGAAAUUUACAGACCCAGAGUGCGUUCAGAAGUGUACAGAGCCAGAGUGCCACCAGAAGUGUACAGAGCCAGAGUGCAACAAGAAGUGUUCAGAACCAAAGUGCCAGAAGUGUGCAAAGUAGUCGGGAUGUGAAUAUGUUGGGGAUCAGCAGCAGAAAUGGUGCAGUGCUUCUACAGCAGCAACAGCAGCAGCCUCAGCAACAGCAGCCUCAACAACAGCAGCCACUACAGCAGCAGACACAGCAGCAGCCUCAACAGCAGCCGCAGCAACAGCCACAGCAGCAGCCACAGCAGCAGCUGGUGUGGGGUAAUGGUGGUCGGUGUAUUGGGCCAUGUUGCAACCCGAGGCCAGCUGCCAUGGCUCCUCCUCAGGCAGAGUUCGUGGCUCCUGGCCUGCCGCCCUCCUUGCUCGCCCGCACCCCCACCAGAGGCACUGCGGGCGGCUCCCCCAAGCUGCGGGCGGCCCGUACCAGACGCGGGCUGUCUGUCGCCAGUAGUGUCAACCUUCCGGACUACCUCGGCAGCAGCCGCCCGGCUCGGGUCACGGGCGGGGCUGUCCACGUCCACCCACGCCCACGGGCGUUAUCUACCUCUAUGGGUGCUCUUGCCGCGACGCCCGCACCUCCGAUGGCACACCAGCAUAUUGGCAUGAGUGCCUCCCUCACCACCUCCCUGGACUUGUCGAGGGCAGAUACCCUCACCCCACGGUCCCUAUUACCCGUCCAGCAGCAGCAACAUCAGCAGCAACAACAGCAGCAACAGCAACAACACCAGCAGCAGCACCAGCAGCAACAGUCGUUGCAGCAGGCGCCAGCGGUCUCCACCUCCUCGCUGCUCUACACUGUGGGCCUCUCCAGGGAUUCCGGGUGCUCUGUGGGCGCAGAGACUGCGGGCGGAGAUUGGGCGUCUGACCGCACCCGGGGCCUUGUUGAUUCAGGCUUCUGCACGCCCGUUGAUCUCACCGAUGAUUUUGUGACAGUGGGGGCUGAGUUUGGUGUUGCUCCUCCUGUGACUAUUUGUCUUGCUACUGUUGAGAGUCUCGCCGGUCGUACGAUGGCCAAUUUGCCUCGUUUCCAUUUUAAUACGCUUAACCUGAGUGGUGGCAGUUGGAAGGAGUCCACGCCGCUGCAAUCUUCCAUGACUUCCUCCACCAGCAGCAGUAGCGGCAUCCACAGCUCCUCCCUCCUGCCGGGGGCGGCCCACGCCUCGCUUCUGCCGGGGGCGGCCCACGCUCACCACUACCUCCCACAGCCCUUAUGGAACUUGGCCUAUUAAGGGCGCUACGCUUACCGAGCACCGGGGCCGCAACCAUAGGGGCCUGGGUAUUCCACCUGACGAGGUCGCUGACGGGGACACCAUGACAAGUCUUGUUAAUUAAGAGCAGAAGAC